UCAAAUUAUGUCUGAAAAGUACACAACUUCUGUGUCUUCACGCAAGCGAAGAGAAGAGUUGGACUUUCUGGUCAAAAAAUUUAAGAAACCGAAAGCAGUCAAGCCGAAGAAAGCUAAGAAAGAAAACAAUGACGAAACCCAUGAUCAUUUCAACUCGUCGGAAGUUGAAUCGUCGGAACAACAUUCUUUAUCGGGUUUUCAAAUUGAUAGAAAAGGCUCGAAAGAAAUUCUCAACAAAGAAGAUGGGAUGUGUUUUGCAAAUCAAUCAUUCGAACAGCAGCGAAAUGAAUUUCAACACAAUCGAGAGAGCAGGGGAGGGAGUUUUGGCCAGUUUGGAUAUAGGAGUGGAAAGCACACUAAAUUCUCGGAGAGUUCUGAAUCGGAACUAAUAGGAAGAGCUGUCAACGCUGAGCAGGAUCACGGUCCACCAAUAAAAACCGAAAAUAAUCGAAAUCAGAGCAGAGAUAAUAAUCGCGAUUACACUAGUGCCUCUUACAGAGGCAGAGGGCGAGGUGGUGGAAGGGGUCACUGUGCAAGUUCUAGAUAUUUCGAUACAGACGGCGUGUAUCAAGCAAAUGAUUCGUCUCAACACUCCAAAAGCAAUGCAGUUUCUUCGCCAGGCAUAGAUGAAGGAACUAUGCGAUACUUACUGCGUCUGAAAGAUCUAAUUAAACGAGCAGAAUGGGAGAGAAAGGAGGAACUAGCGGGCGAUAUGCUUGUUGCCGUCGAGGGAUCCGAAUAUGCAGUAGUAAGCAAAGAGAACACAUGUAGCUCUAUUUCAUCGGUUGUUCAGUUUUGGACAGGCGAACAGAUCAUGGCUUUCGUUUCUCCGUUCAAUUCAAAAACGAAGCUGAAGCAUCUUUUGUCAAAUCGGGCGGGAUCCGAGUUUCUAGAGAAGUGUUGCCGGAGUCUACUGGAAAGACUUCAGAAGAGUGGUAAAAGACUAGUCCAAGUGGACGGGCUAUUGGUGUUUGUUGAGAAGCUGUUUGAAGCUAUGAGUGACAGCUUCGGUGAAGUAAUGACGAACAUCUACUCGAAUUACUUGGCCAGGGCUGCUCUCUGUCUGCUGAUGGAAAGUGACAGCUACUCGCGAACGAAUUCACAAGAAGGAAAAGCGCAAAUUAUCUCCGAAGCACAACAUGAUGUUCCUGACAAUCAAAAGAGCAUUCUUUCCAAUUUCACCCACAAUUUCGCCGUCAUUGAUCUAGCUUCGAACAUCGAGAACAAAAUUUUCUCCCUCACUUUGCAGAAUUAUUUGCGGGCUCUAGACAAAUGUAAACUUUCCUCGGAGUUACAGAAAUUGAUGGAAAAACUAUUGAACAGUUCAGACGAUUUCAAUAGUAAAGUGGUUAUGCUCAGCAAAGAUUUGCAGUUCAGUAGAGUUAUUGAGGUCUUAUUGGAAUUGGAAAAUUUUGCUGGCACAAGUAAGAUAGUGUCGGCUAUCACUGAAAGCUGCUCGGAGUUGUGUCGCGACAGGGUUGGAAAUUUCAUCUUGCAAAAACUGCUAAGCUUGUCCACCAUUUCGAGCAAUAAAUUGGAAGAAAUUGUGUCAAAUUUGAAAACCGAAAUCCCAUAUAUUUUGGAAAGUGGGAACUUUGGUCUAUUGAACAGUCUUUGUAACUCGGUCAAGAAAGUGGAAAGUCAACGAGAACUAUUCGAAUCAAUCAUGGAAGCAUUUGAAUGCUCAGACAGAAGUAUAUCAUUUAUGCUGUUGAGUUAUUUAGUGACUGAACCAGUUUACAAGGCAGCGAUCGAGUCUGAGAAUGGAAGAGGACUUGCUUUUUCAUACCAUGCGUCGACUCUCAUACAAUCCAUGUUGCGUUGGAAAUCGACAAUUGUUUUACAGAGCCUAAUGCAAAGUCUAACUAAAUCUGAUGUUGAGUUUUUGAGUAAAUUAGCUAGCGAUCGUUUUAUGAGUUUCAUUUUUGGUGCUAUCUUUAAAUCUCAAUCGAGUGAUAAAAGCAAGGACAAAUUGAUGAAGAAAAUGUUGAAAAUAGUUCCGAGUUUGAUUACAGAUAAAAUUGCCUCCCGUGUUAUUGAAGAUGUGUUUCGUGCUUGUUCUCUUGAAUUAAAGCACAAAUUGGCCCAGACCAUUGCUAAUAUUGAUGUUAAUGAGCUAGAUUCGAAUCAUUUCAGCUUCAUUGUGAAAAAUAAACUGAAUAUUUCUUUAUUAUGUCGUGAUGUCAGCAUAUGGAAAUCGAAUUUUGCAUCUAAACAGUAAUAAAAAACUGUACGUUGCCUUGUUUU